AUGCAUUCAGCACAGUUUGCUCUGACCAACCUGACCACUUGGCAGGUCGGUGGCAUCGAGGAGCCUAUUCAUGGGCAGGCAAACUUGUCCUGGGCGAACGUCGCAAUGGCGAUGACUUUCAUCGUAUUCAAUGUUGGCGUCUCGACAGUAUGUCACCUUGGAGUAGGUGUGUCGUUGAUGGUCGCCGCUUUGAGGUGUGUUGGCCAGUUAGCCGUUGUGGCAACACUCCUGCAAAAAGUGUUCGAGACGCAUAACCCCUGGCUUGUUGCCCUCAUUUCAUUCAUUUUGAAUUUUCUGGGGACAUUUGAGACGGUUGUCAAUAAAUCAAAGCGUCGUUUCAAACAUAUGUUCCCUGCCGUGUUAUUUGCUAUGCUGGGUUCAACUAUCCCCAUUUCCAUCCUCGGAACGAAAUUCGCAAUGUCCGUAGAUCCCUUCUGGACUCCAAUACAAUACAUUCCCAUCGUUGGAAUGCUCUGCGGCGCCACAAUAAGCGGUGUUGUCGUCUCCGUUUCCUAUCUCCUCAAGGAACUGAGGGAAAACCGAGACAAAGUAGAAAUAUUUUUGGCAUUCGGUGCUACUAGAAUGGAAGCCUGCCGGCCGAUUAUAAUCGAGGCGCUGAGAUUGGCCCUGACCCCUUCAAUCAAUAGCAUGAGUGUACUCGGAAUUAUUGCCAUUCCCGGAAUGAUGACGGGCGCCAUUCUCGGAGGUUCUUCUGUUCAGCAAGCCGCGAAAUUACAAAUGAUUAUCAUGUUCAUGAUCACCGCCAGCACGACUCUAGCGUCAUUCUUCGUCACGUUCGCCGUCAUUUUCGUAGUUGUCGACGCGGAGCAUAGGAUACGCAGCGACCGAAUUUACGAUGGAAAGCACGGGCUUUGGGCGCUUAACGGGUGGAGUUUAAAGAAAUUUUGGGAGAGAUUGCGGUGUACGUUUCAAAGAAGGAAGAAUGAGGCUACCAGAGAGCUGGAGCAGAGUUCCCUGUUGGGAUAAACAGGUUUUGUACCUACGUUAUUGCCCUUGACGUUUAGAAUGUGUGGAUUGGAUUUCUUACAACUUUCAACAGGAACUUAUCACGCAG